UUCAUGGACGCUUCACUGUUUUCUAUUUUAUCGACCUGUGUGAACUUGGUUGCUCGAGGUUAUCAGUGCUUCUUCGUUUCUCUUGACGUAUUCGUGCCUGGCUUUUAACCCGGGGAACGCAGUAGAUGUACCAGAGAACCACUUCCGCGACCCCCAGCAUAAAGGAGCGAACGAAUUUUUCGGGACUGCUUUUUUCGAAGUUGCACAUGUGCAUUGCCCCAUUACCGGCCGUGUUCCUUAUUUGCACGCAACGUUAUUUUCGUCUUUCUGCAUCCGUUUUCUGUGUUGUGGCCCCUGCUCCCUGCACUGGCGUUUGUCUGCCGAGACGAGAAAACCCCGUCAGGUCACUGAACCAUCCACCGUCGGAGCCCCGUAGGCGCCAGUCACUUUUCGGUGUGUCGCUAAGUGGCUUUAACCGAGUCAUUCUAACACCUAGAUUUGUCGGGGGAGAGACUUGAUCUUUUUGGUGUCGCCGCCAAUUACUGGGGAGAGAACAGGCAUCUGCCCAGCAACCCAGCAACUUCCUUGCAAUUCCUUGGUUCGUCAGUUCGCAUGUUUCGCCUGUGCCCAACGUAAUUCUUAAUGGCGUUGGAUGAUCGCAGCAUUUUAUGGAACGUCAUGCGAAUUUCCAUUCCGUAAAGGACCACGUAGUGCUGAGAGAGCUUUGCAAGUGGCCUGGAGCCAAAAGCGAAUGUCAUCUUGAGCUGUUGCCAGAGUUCUCGUCUCCAAUAAAGUGAUAAUCGACUCCGUUGCGAAAUUCUGACAUGCCGUUACGGAGAACACGUAGCUGCUGACCGGGUUGUUCGUUCUGCAGUGCCUUCUUCCAUCAUAGCAGUACCCUAUCGUCCCCGGGUGGACCCUUCCUCGGUACUUGUGCAUACUUUAGUGUCUCGACAUGGACGAAGAACAGCGGGGACGCAGCACUUCGCCGCCACCUGGGUCUGGUGGUGCUCCGAACAGCUCCAUUCCUCCAGCGGGAAGCAGCGGUGGGGCUUCAGGCGGUGCGUCAAAGGGUUCAGGAUGCACGUUCAUCUACUAUGUCAUCGCAAAUGAUGGCGACGAUCUCCGGUGCCCGAACGCCUUCAGAAUUCCGAAAAAAACAACUUACAUCACUCUCAGUGAUGUGCGGCGACACUUCCCGCUCCCUGGCACAUAUCACUUCCGGUUCAAAGUGAAGGUUAAGGAGAAUCCAUGGCCUGCAACAGACUCGUCGUCAGCUCAGCAGCCCUUCGUGUGGCUCGACGUCCUGGAUGACGAUCAGCCUCUGCCAUUGUACGACCACCGUAUCUACGUCAAGGCCACCAGGCUGAGCUGGCAUGCAGAAGACGUGGCAAACUUGGGUAAAUCGUUGCGAGGCUUCCGGACAUCUGGGUGCGGCAGCGAUAAAGGAGCUUCUAGGCAGUCUUUGGCUGACCCCGUAGAUCUCCGUGCACCUGAAGGUGGCAUCUUUCGUGGCAGUUCUCCUGUUUCUCACGAUUCGCUGCCUACGAGUGCCUCGAGGUAUAACAGUGCCGGUUCAGCUAGUGGCUUCGCUACUGGGACAGGACGGGCCGCGCAGUCCCCUGAUCCUAGAAGCGACCGAGUGGCCGACAUGCUGCUUUUCGAUGAGCCCCUGCCUUCCGCGAACCGAAGCAGUAACAACGCUUCGUCGAAGAAAGUGAACAACAGCAUCGACCUCAUUUUCUGAGCACUGGCCGCUGGACUUCAUGUUACUGGUCCCCUCUUCGGGGGAAAGAAGGAAAAAAACAUUAUCGUCUUCAACUCAGAACCUUUUUAGUGCGGGUUUGAGCCUGAUUGCGGUAUGGUUAGGUACUCUUCGUUAUUCGUUGUUUCCUACUUCUCGGCAGCGAUGUUUCAUCGUAAUUUCACGACGAUAUUCUUCAGUCAUUGCAAUCAUGUUAACCGCGCGAACUAGGGAAAAACACUUUCUGCAGUUUGCAAACGGCAGCCACCGAAUGGCGUUGCGUGGCAAAGGCCCGUUGUCGCACAAGUAUAUUUCAGUCUCCAUUGUUUCCAGAGGCAUCCUUCGUGCGCACAAGACUUCCUUGAUGCUGACAAAUGCAGAUACAGAGGCUCGGAGUCGCAGAGGCUAAUAGAGUAAGGUCACGUUCAUAUGGGACGUACCACCCAGUGCCGAUUUUGGCUGAUGAAGGGUCGACUCCAGUCGCAGAAGCAUGCAUGGCGAGGGUUGACAGGGAAAACAACGCCUCAAAGGACCGGAUGGCUUGUGCAUCAGAGACUGAACUGUACUGUAGACGACGCCAAAGGUGGUUUCUUGCAGGCAGCCUGAUCGCGAGUGACACUGCCGAACACGGAACAGUGUCUUUUUUCCCAGUCUAGUGAAUUAUAGUGAACACGUAUAAUUACCGCAGAGGGACACUCUGCAAUAGAAACCAGCCUCGCCUUGGUGUGUGGGGUCUACGCUGCCAGGUUACCUCUAUGACCCCUUCAUACCUGCUUCAAAUCUACAGUCUCGUUGUUGAUCGAUACCAAAGACACGAUCAUGCUUUUCGCUGCAAUGCGGAUCUACUGUUAUGCGGGAACAAACCGAAUUCACAUGCGGAUUUAGAGCCAGAGGGCGUCACAAGUAGGAAAAAUCUCAGCGGAGCCCGGCACGGUUAAACUGCAUCGUAGCGAGCUGAAAAAAAAGUGCCUGUGCGUCUCAUGGGAUGGAUGGACGCUGCGCCUUACGUUCUAUGAAUAACAAGAUGGAUAGAUAAAUGGACACGAGUACAGGACAGCACGAGCAAUUACUGGGGCGUGCUGAAGCGCUGGUCGUCUUCACAGUUACCCAAUUGUUUUCGGAAGCGUAAAUAUGUUUUAAAAGCUUUUGGUAAAAACACAGGGUGGAAAGUUGCAACAGGCCCAAUGGAAGUAGUGAGAACAUUUCGACGGCGCGUUCCCAUCAACACAUUUUUGCCCCUAGGAACUUUCAGUACACCUGCCGUUGAUUCGUGUCACGAGACUGCGGUGCUUUCUUGGAACGAAGCGUCGCAGUUGAGGGUAUGCUACCUAUCGAAAUGACUACCCUGUAGUCUACACAACACCGACCUGCACAAUAGGUAACGUCACGCGGUCGAUCGGAGUAGGCCAAAAAUACGCUCCGACUCCUACCAGAACAGCGAUUUGUCGGGUGGUCACCAGCUCACACUCGAGGUAUGCAAAUAUAAAGGAGAUCCUCUUGAGGCAUUGGGUUAUUUAACACAUAAUUCUUCCACUGGACAAAGAUUGCCAAGUGUCAAAUCUCAUUUUGGGCAGUGGUGACAGUUAGCAACAUGGCUGGGAUCGCUCGAUGCUACCAUCAAUCGAGAAAGAAUGCGUUCGUUGUUUGUUCCAAACGAUCGUCACAUUACUAAGCGGCCACUCGUGUCCGAGCGUG